CUCCGACCGUCCGACGUCUGAGCCUCGUUUGAUGUUUAGGAGACCGCGAGACUGUAAGGCGUGUGCUGACCAACAGAUCACCUAGUCACACACAUAAGGAUCUGGACAAGGGCUGAACAUUGAACUCAGGCACCUGAAAUGUUGACUAUUGCAAGCGACUAUCUUGCUGAUCCAGCUGUGAGCUGUCAUGACUCACUGAGAGAGGAGAAAACACUUGUGUCUCAGCUCCGUUAUGCAAAACAGCACGUUCUGCAAGUGUGCUUACCGCCCAUCCAUAUGCUACACGGCCUGGCAACCAUGUACGUGUCGCCUGGAUGGAUAUAAACCCAACUCAUCCUAACCUGCUCCACACGCUGUCCUGCCGUCUGACCAUGAAGGUUCUCCUCUUAGGCACCUUGCUGGUGGCGGCCUCUGGGGCCAGGCUUGGCAGCCUGCCGUACAGUGGCCAACCUGGAGAGUUUUCUGGAAGCCCACCCAACAUUGACUAUGGUGCUGCAGGGGUGUCAGUGCCAGCCCUCGGUCACGUCCUAACCACCAACCUGCACACGUCCAGCGGUCACCUGCCACUCCAUCAGCCAGGCUUCAGUAAUGCGCAGUCUCAAAUCCUUUUAGGGAGCGAAUUCGUAAGCGAAAGCCACUUUGGUAGAAAUGUUAACUUUAAUCCACACCAGCAAAGUGUCAACAGUGACUUUCAGUAUAGUCAGCUGCUGCCGGCACACCAUGUUGCUACCAGCAGCGGGUUCCCUACACUUCCAUACACACAGCAGGACAGUCAGAGGAAGCAAGAAACCGUGACUCACACUGAACAGAGUCAGGCACAGGCCAGCUCCCCUCUCCGAGACGCUACCGACCAUUUCUCUCUGCAGAGGAAGGAAGAGGCAAGUCGGGUUUCACAGCACAAUCAAGACACCAGCAGCAGCAGCUUAUCACAGCAAAAACAAGACUUCAGCAGCUCUGUAUCACAUAAAAAACAUCAGGAUUCCAGCAGCUCUAUAUCACAGCAGAGACAAGACGCCAGCAGUCCAUUUUCACAGCAACAACAAAAAGACGCCAGCAGUCUCAUGUCACAGCAGAGACAAGACUUCAACAGUCCUCAGUCACAACAGAAACAGGAUUUCAGCAGCUCCGUUUCAGAGCAGGUACACCAGGACCAUAGCAGUCCCAUAUCUCAGAAACAACAUGACCAAAACAGCCCCUUAUCACAGCAAAGACAAGACACCGUCAGCCCUUUGUCACAUCAAAGACAAGACACCAGCAGCCCCUUAUCACAGCAAAGACAAGACAUCAGCAGCCCCAUGUCACAACAAAGACAAGACACCAGCAGCCCCUUUUCACAGCAAAGACAAGAAGUGAGUAGUCCAACGUCAGCCCAUGUACAGGACACCAGUAGUCCCUCAUCACACCACCAACACGAGAGCAUCUCCCACUCCCAACAUCCACAACUCCAGGACAGUCGAACCACCUCUCAGGCUCACCAGCAAGGCGACAACCAGGAUAGCACAAGUCACCAUCCCUUCGCCUCCCCUGCCUUCACGCACACCAAGACCAGUGAACCGUCCUCGCUGUACCACCUCACUCAGAACUACGGCGUGAGUCCCCACAUGGAUCAGAGCUUCUCGGCCCAACAGUUUGGACAAGAUCAAGGAUACCAAGGCAUGGAACAAGAGAUGCAAGAAGGACCAGUUGCUGCGGAAGUUCAUGUUGUUCAGACCAAGCACAAAGACCAUCGAGGUGACAAGAUUGAGUCACAUCAGGUGCAGAUAUCCGGCCACAUCGAGAGUGUCGGGGACUACACGGAGCUGGGCGUGUUCCAGACCUUCUCUGUGCCGCCCUCCGCCACUCUGGCCGACGGCAGCUUUUCUACCUCCUUCUCGUGUCAGAAUUAUGGGCAAGGCUUUUACGCAGAGCCUGAGAGCCAGUGCAGAAUGUUUCACGUCUGUGCCCCCACGAGGAGUCCCGAGGCUGCCACGCCCACCCAGUAUCGCUUCACGUUCAGCUGUGGCGAGGGGCAGUGGUUCGAUCAGCACUCCCUCACCUGCACCACUGCCCUCUCCUCCCCCACCUCUUGCCUCUCCGCAGUCGUCCUCUUCCCCAGCAGCCACGCCGCCUCCUCCGUCCUCUUCUCUGACUUCCCCAGCGCAUUCCCUCCCAACCGCGACGUGUGCUACCUCGCUCAGGGCCACGUGAUUACUGGUGUGCGCCGCAGGUAAUGCACACACCCUCCAUUCAUCCAGCCACCGUCUUUCAGAUCUCUUGAUUAACCUCGCAGUCUUGUAAUGUGGAAAUAAAAUUGAUGAUAGGAACCUGCCACAGCCACGCCACUAUUGUGUUGGAAGGAAUGUAAUGAUCGUGAGACCUAACAUGACCUGCUAAAUUAGUCAGGUAUUUGAGCUUCAAAAAUGAGAAGAUAGAUUGAUAAGUGAAAGAAAUUAAUGUAACUUUACUCCAAUGAAUAGGUAAUUAGAUGGAUGAAUAUGAGUCUACGGACCUAACAGGAUCUGUCAAACUAUCUACGUAUCGAAAGUUUAAAAAUGGAUAAAUUCAUAGAUGAUUAAAAGUAAACUUAUACAACUUGACUUUAAUGCAUGAAUAAUUAGAUAAAUUCAUAUGUGCACAGAAAAAUUGUAGUGCAACUUGACCAAAACAGGGAAAUAGAUAAAGCAAUUGAUAGAUAAGUGAAUCGAUAGUGGUGUAGGAGUUUAACAUCUUAUAGUACGCUGAUAACAACGGAAAUUCGUCCUAAGAAAACCAGCAACACCUCCUCUCAGCUGCCGUCAUGGUGCGGUGCUGAAUAAUGAAUAAAACCAGCAUGAUGCAA